AAAAUGAAGCGAUAAUAAGAGAUGACGUGUCAAUAAUAACUGGAAAUUUCUUCUUCAUUUCAUGGCCAUAUACUUUAACGGAUAACAAAAUCCUCGGCAUCGGGUCUAAAACCUAUACUCGUUGCCUCCUCACUACCCAAUCGGGAAGUUAAUAAUGACAUCUACGGCGAUAUUCUCCGCCGCCACGGCCAUCAAUUUACCCCCUUCGACGGUGAAGAAUCGUGUGAUGUCUCCCUUGUUAUGUGCUUGUGCUUCUGAUCGUUCUCUGACACUUAGAAGCGUCAACAACAAGAAGAGAUCGAAUCUGCUUCCGUGUAUCAAAGCAGCAGCGGCAUCGGAUUCCACGGCGAUCGUGGACGGUCCCACGCUGGCCUCCACUUCAGAAGAAGAAGAAAUUCCGGCUAAGAUCGGAGCUAGGGUUAGGGUUAAGGUGCCGUUGAAGGUUUAUCAUGUACCUAAGGUGCCCGAAGUAGAGUUGAACGGGAAGGAAGGGAAAGUCAAAGAGUACGUCGCCGUUUGGAAAGGGAAACACAUUUCGGCUACUUCCCCUUACAAGAUUGAGUUCUUUGAGAAACUUGAAGGGCGUGGCGAUAAACCUGUGAAGUUCUUCGUGCAUCUUAAGGAAGAGGAGUUUGAGUAUAUUGACUGAUUCAUGAUUUUUGAUUGAUUGAAAACCUAUUCAACAUCUGAUUUCAUAUUAUUAAUACCAUAUCAUAUUAUAUCAUAUCUCAUGAGUGUCACUCCUUAUCUUUCAGUUGUACAAUCUUCUACUUUUGGUAUUAUGGAUGUAUAUAUUUGCAAGAUUUCUCAAUUCUUGUUUGCCAAUGAUAUAACAAAGGCACCAUUCUUGAUUA